AUGAUAUUGAUUAGUGAUUGUAAAUUGCAGGUUAAGGGAAUAUUGGAUAAACCUUUGUACCGUACCUUGCAGAAAGAUCCUGGUUUAAUCAAUGUUCUCAAGGAGGCCAUACGAGAUACUCUGAUGGAAUGCUCUCGACAAUCGUAUAUUCAUCACUGGAAAUGCACAAUUGAUGGGGCACCUCACAAAGGCCUUUUUCCCAACGUUGCCUCAUUUGCUAGCAGAGAAUUUGCAUAUUUUCUCGCACUUUCUAGUGCAGCUGCAGUACGUGCUAUAGCUCAGGCUUGCGCACGUGGACGUCUUCGAUCAUGUUCAUGUGAUCCAGCUAAAAUUGGCCCAGUACACGCUGAUCAGCGUGAUACAUGGGCUAGAUGUAGUAUCGAUAGAGGAUCUGACAACUUGCGAUAUGCCAUCAGAUUGUCAAAGUAUCGUUUUCCUUUGUCUGAAAAAAAAAACCCAUAA